GUUACCUGCUACAUUCAUAACGCCGGCGUGCUCUUUCUAUAGUUGUUACAUUUACAAGAGAAAGCAGAUCAACUUCACAAAUGACAUCCUAUGGUUGUUUCUUUAAGCGUGCACAAACGUCCCGCCGCAUUUCGAAUAAGUGUUUGUCAUAUUUAGGCAUCAAGCGAAAUGGAGCUUCCCAGUGUCAAGACCUCCCACCUGUAUGAAUCCUACCUGUGAAUCCAGACGAAGUAGAAUCGUGGAGCUGCCCAGGUGACAGGUGGAGCCAAAGAUGCCUGUGGAGGUGCCACUCUCAGCCGGUAGUCAUGGACAACAUUGUCCCUGCAGCACAGGAAGUGACAUAAUGUCGGAAGAGGAUGAACGUCGAGUCGCUACCCAGUCUGUGAACAGCCCCUUGCGAUUGGACCUGAUCCUAGAGCACACUGAGCCCCUACUUUCCGAGUCCCAAUUCCUGCCUCUACUAGAUAUCAAUGAGGAGCCCCAAGACUGUCUGCCACUGGGAAACUGCUUGAUCCAAGAUGGAAGCCUGUCUCUGGAUGGAUGUGUCCAGUUGGAAAGAAAAUGGGUGCUAUGGCAUGAGUUCAUGAAGGAGUGCUCCUCUCUCGGCGACUGGCUCCAAUUGGCUGAGAAGUCUGCCGACUCCCCGAGAUCUGCCCAUGUGCUCUUUGUCACUGCCAAGGAGGAGCUCAAGAAAUUUGAGAGCCUGAGGACCCAGGCUGGGGCUCGGCUGGUGCAGCUGGACAGUCUGACCCUUAGGAACAGGACCCUGACCAGGCUCUUUGAUGGGGCCAUGCGGUCACGCCUGCUGGGCAUGGCCAAGGACUGUGGUCAGCGCUGGGACCGCCUACAUGGAACCAUUGAGAGUGUCUGCCGCAGACUCAAGCACUGUGUGUCCCAGCGCGAGGAGUUUGAUGGCCAGAGGGAGGAGAUGGCUGUGUGGCUUGCUGACAUGGACCUUAGGCUGACCGAGGUGGAGCACUUCUCUGGAAGGGACACCUGUGACAAGAUGCGGGAGCUGCAGAGCUUCCAGGAGGCAGUGGGGGAGAAUGCGGGGCGUCUGAAUUGUCUCCUGGAGCGGGGUGAGGCGCUAAUCCAGAGGAGCGAGCCAGAGGACGCCCAAGAUAUCGAGGCGGGGCUGCAGGAGCUGCUGCUCUACUGUGCCCAAGUUUUUGAGGGAGUGGGCCAUCUGUACACACGCCUGCUCAGCAUGAGACUGGUGUAUGAGGAUGACUGGGUACUGACUCAAGCCUCUGACUCUGGCUGUCCGUCUGAGAUCCUGUUGGAGCAGGAUGGUGUGUUUGAGAAGGGCAGUGCCCCAGACCAGCGGAACCCCACCAACCUGGACCACAUGGUGCUGGAGUGGGACCCCUCCGUCGACAUCGGGGGCCACGUCUCCCAAUACGACGCUGGCUUGUCAUAUUUCAGCGCCCACACAAAUCGAGAGAAGCCAUUGGCAAGAGAUGGUGUGAAGAGGCGGAGUUACCUCAGCUCCAUAGGCUCUCAGUCUGAUCUAAAUAACAGCGCAGCAGAGGACAUGAGUCUGGAGAGGAGGUUUGAGUAUGCAGGUCCAGAGGUGUUCUCACCUCCCACAACCCAGAGUGUCAGAGAUGACAGACCUCUUCUCUCUGGCUGCUGGAUGACCUCCACGCCCGACGGACCCUCCCCGGAGCCUGUGACCUUUGACCCUGCUCGCAUCAGCGCUUGGCUGGGACAGACGCAUGGACACACCGUCCCCUCUAGGGUCCCCUCGGUCCAACAGCGCAGAGCCUGCUCCAAGGCAGUCCAGACCGACAGUACUGGGAAGUCUCCAGAGGAAGAGCUGCACUGCAAUGCCUCAUGGGAGGUGGUCCAUAGUGAGCAACUGCCAAAUGAGUGCCCUGACAGACAAACCCAGUGCAGCUCGUGGCCCCUGGGGGCACUAAAGACUCUGAGAAGCCUAGUGUUCCUGGUCGUCCUGCUGGCUGUGUUCCUAGCCCUGCUGGUCUGGCCCACAACACUCCUCAUGGACUUAGAGUGCCACCGCUCCAACUCCUUUGCCCGCACCUUCCAACUGGCCCUGAGCUACGUCAACGGGCCCCCGCCAACCUGAGGGACAAAAGUGUCCCAGAAGGUGGUCACAUCAAAUCCGUGGUGAGCCCUGAACACACCUUAUUCAGGGGGGACAGUCCCAGAAUGCCUUUCCAUUUCAAAACCAUGAGUAAGGCAUUGACAAGGAGGCCGCGUGAGAAAAGAGAGAAAUUAAGAACUAUUAGGCCCAAUAAAAAUGUGGCCUUGGUAUUUAUUAUCUGAAUCCCUCCACCAUCCUGCUGGCAGAAGUAGCUCAUCUCUAAUGGCAUUCAUAAUGUCUUACUAUGCCAGGGUAGCACUUUUGUUGAUUGGUCUGUCAUGAUGGAUUUGUAACUUAUUUAUAUGGUGAUUAUAAUCUAUAUGGACGACUUAAUGACGGCAAAUACUUUGAGCAAUUCUCUUUUGGGCAUUUGAAAUUAUCUGUAUAUCAAUAUUUAUUAUGUCAAAGCUAGAGAGAGCUUUCGAUUUUUUCUGCACUCUAUAUUGCAAGCGCUUGACUAUUGGUUCUAUCCGCAUUUUUGUCCAAAUUGAGUUAUUGAUCAAGCCUUGUUCUGUUUAAUGUUCUCUACCUAUAUAGUACUCUAAACACCCCAAUCUUGUUAAAUUCAAAAGAAUACAAGACUAACAUUGCUGACACCUUUCAAACCAUUGAGAGUUUGGAACUUUGAAGCCAAUUAUCUCAGAAUCAUCUUUUUGCAGGUAAUCGUUAGUCCCAAGCUCUCGAUUUCACAUGGGGUUUCUGCAAAUGAAUGAUACUGAAUGCCCAAGCUCGGAUUUACUAGGGCGACUUGCAGAGAUGACCCAUUUGUAGGUCAAUGGGAUAGGUGACCUGGCUAAUGCACUUAGGAUAAAUUAGCACUCCUUUUGUGCUGCUGCUGUGUGUGUGUGAGACCUUGUUUGCAUGUGCGUGGGUCGUUAGUAUAUACUCAAUGAAUUUCUUUUACAUCUGCUGCGAUGCCAACAGGGUCCAGCUGGAAAACAAUCAGGCAAAAGCCAAUACAUCUGAGGCCAGUGAAGACAGUGUAAGCCUCUAAACAUACUGUAUGGGUUAUGUAAAAGUGUAUGGUCAAUGCUUAUGUUUUGACAUAGUGGAUGCAAUCCUGGAUCUCAUCCAUAUGUCACAAAUGUAAUGUCAGUCUUAAGAAGUGAAUGGGUUAAAAACUCCAUAAUAUUAUGUGAGGUACAUGCACCUCAUCUGAAAAUGUUGGAAUAUGUUUGCCUUAUGCUAGUAGGUGUGUGUGUUUGUUUGUGGGGGAGUGUUUGCACGGAGUUUUGAUUCUUGUCCGUCCAGUGUGUAUCAGCGUGGAAAGGUAGUGAAGUGGAACAAAUCAGAUUUCUUAAAUUCAGAUUCCUCAGCUUCUUGCAUUUCAUGGAUGAUUUUUAAACUUCCCCUUUAUACAGUAAAGGAUUCCUGUUUUUGUUUUUUUAUAUGUGGAGUUCUAGAUCUGUACAUGCGUCAUGAAAUUAAAGAACAGUGUGAGAACAA